UUUUAUCACCAAUCACCUUCAUUAGCACGUCCACCCGGAAUCGGUCUCAGUUCAGUUCGAGAGGAGCGAUCCCAAGAGGAUCAGUCGAAUGAGCCACAUGAUAACUUCAAGAAGGGAGUUGUUAGUAUCGAUGAUGACCGAACACCUCAGUUACCGAACCAAAUCAAUGCCAUUCGACGUUCAGAAAGCAGCGAUGAAGACGAAUCAAUCAUUGCGGUGACAACUCAUUCCGACGAUAAUGCUUUCACGGGUGAAGGCGACAUCGAUUUGGGUACAGAAAAGGAACCUGAUAUUCAGAUCUUGAGGCUUUGA